GUCUCCCGCAAUAGUGGGCGGGUCCCAAAGGGAGAAGCGACGGUUGGGGCGGAGCCGGAGGGUUGCAGCUAUUCAAGCCGAAAGUGGCGGCUGCGGCAACCCGGAGGAUGCAGAGUUCGGACCUGGGCAACAAGGAGGAGGGCAAGAUCUGGCAUCGCAAGCCCUCCCCGGCUGCGCAGCAGGGAGUCAUCGUAAAUAUUAUUCACAGUACCACAGGCUACCAUUCCAAAACAAUACGCUUCUUGAAUGUGGCUUUUGAUAGCUCUGGAGAUUCAUUACUUGCUGGUGAUCACCAAGGCAACAUCUAUGUUUUUGACUUGGUGGGCAACAGGUUCAGCUUGGUUCAACGAACAGCACAGGCUAGCACCGCACUGGCAUUUAAUCUUCGCAGAAAAACAGAAUUCCUUGUGGCUCUGGCUGAUUAUUCCAUCAAAUGCUUUGAUACAGAUACUAAAGAACUUGUUAGCUGGAUGAGAGGGCAUGACUCUUCAGUGUCCUCAAUCUCAGUUCAUGGUUCUGGCCGAUACGCCAUCACGUCAUCUGCAGAUACAGCCCAACUUUGGGAUCUUGACACGUUUCAGCGGAAAAGAAAGCUGAAUGUUCGCCAGUCUGUGGGUAUCCAGAAGGUCUUCUUCCUUCCCCUAAGUAACACCAUUCUCAGCUGCUUUAAAGAUAACUCUGUCUUUGCUUGGGAGUUUGACACUCUUCGCUGCAAGUAUCAGCUGCCAUCUCCCAUAGAAGGUUCCGCAUUGCGCUACAAAGUUUUUGCUGUUACACGAGAUGGCCGGGUCCUUGCAGCUGGCGGCAAAUCAAACCACCUUCAUUUGUGGUGUCUGGAAUCUAAACAGCUACUAAGAAUAAUCCAGAUGCCAACUAAAGUACGAACAAUUCGCCAUCUGGAAUUCCUUCUAGAUAGCUUUGAUGGUGGCUCUAAUCAAGUUCUUGGAGUGCUGAGCCAAGAUAAUAUCCUGAGAUUUAUCAAUAUCCAGACAUGUAAACUUCUCUUUGACGUUGGCAGUCACGAAGAAGGAAUCAGUACAGUUGCCUUCAGCCCGAAUGGAAGAUACAUUGCAGCAGUCAUGGAGAAUGGUAGCCUUACCGUAUACAGUGUCCAGGCACUGACACAAGAAUUAAAUAAGCCUCCCCCACCUCUGUUUAAAGCGAUAGAAGACACAUCCAGAAGCAAGUUUGACAUAGCCAAGCUUACAAUGAGAGUGACAUCCAGAGUCCCGGAGAGGCCAUGGAAAUCAAAAGGGGGCAAAAUUCAGACAAAGGUGCUAAGACCACAACCGGAUAUGUCGCAUGAGGAUAAAGAGAACGAGCUGCCUGAGGGACUGAACAAGAAACGGCUCCAGGCCUUGCUGAAAGGAUUUGGGGAGUAUCCGGCAAAAUACAGGAUGUUCAUUUGGCGGUCCCUGCUUCAUCUCCCAGAAAAUCACUUGGCCUUCAGCAGCUUGUUGGAUAAAGGGACUCAUUCAGCAUUUGUGCACCUUCAGAGCGAAUAUCCUAUUAAGAGCAGGAAACUCUUGAGAGUCUUGCAGAGGACACUGUCUGCACUAGCUCACUGGUCUAUCAUCUUUGGUGAGAUGCCCUACAUCCCUCUGCUGGCCUUUCCAUUUGUCAAACUCUUUCAGAACAAUCAGCUCAUCUGCUUUGAGGUGGUUGCUACAGUAAUAGUUAAUUGGUGUCAACACUGGUUUGAAUUUUUCCCCAAUCCUCCAAUCAAUGUCCUCAGUAUGGUGGAAAACAUUUUGGCACAUCAUGACAAAGAACUCCUUCAGCAUUUCAUGAAUUACAAUAUAACAUCACAGGUCUAUGCUUGGCCACUUCUGGAAACCAUGUUCUCUGAGGUUUUGACGAGGGAAGAAUGGCUAAAAAUGUUUGACAAUGUCUUCUCUAACCACCCUGCCUACUUUCUGAUGGUGGUUGCUGCGUACGUUAUCUGUUCCAGGGCUCCUUUACUUCAGUGUAAUCAGAAAGAGGACUUUGAGUAUUUUUUCCAUCAUCGUAACAACCUGGAUGUCAGUGUGGUGAUUAAAGAAGCCUACCACCUCAUGAACUGUACCCCGGCAGAGAUCCACCCACGCCAUAUGUUGGAGGAUUUUGUGCCACUAACCAAGGGGCAAUACCCGAUAUUUAACAAGUAUCCCAAGUUCAUUGUGGAUUAUCAGUCUCAGGAACGGGAACGAAUCAGACAGGAUGAAAUUGAGUACCUGCGAGAAAGACAGUUGGUUCAUGAGAUGGAAGCAAAAGCCAUUGAACAGAGAGUGGAGGAUGAAGCUUGGUAUCGGAAUCAGGAGCUCCUGUGUGAGGCUGAGGAGCAAAGGCGGAAUAUUUUGCUUAAGGAAGAGGAGAAACUAGCGGAACAAAGGCGGAGGCUCGCGGCUGUGAAACGGGAGCUGAAAGUGAAAGAGCUGCAGUUACUGGAAGCGGCAAGGAGGCGUUUCCUGAAAUAUCAGCAAGACCAGCGGGAAGUGGAGCUCAAGCGGCUUGAUGAUGAAAUUGCAAGAAAGGCAUUGAUGAGAGAGGAGGAAACAGCAGCUACCGUUCAAGAUGUGGAAGUGCGACAGAUGGAGCUUGAAUCCCAAAGGCGGCUUUUCGAACAGAAACUUGUCAAAGAGCAGGAAGCCACAACACGGGAAGUCAAAGGAGAGCUGAACACCAGCCGGAGGAAAGCUGAUCUCGAGGAACGCUUGGUCCAGAGGCUCAUUGAAGCUGAUCAGGAUGGGGAACAGAGAGCUCAGCAAAUGGUUGAAGAAUGUUUGGCCAAAGCCAGUCAAGAGCAGAUUGACACAGAUUGGCAAACUCAAGCUCUGCGAAAGCAAAGAUUGGACGACAUGGAUCGUGAGGUACAUUAUCGAGAAAUAGCAAAGCUCCUCCAUGAGAGCAGAGCCACAGAGGCAGGACUCCUUGAUGCAAUGAAAGCAGAGGAAGCCAGAAAGAGGGAGGAAGUUCAGGAGAAGAGAGAGCAGCUGGCAGAAGCGAAGGCAGCUACUGCUGCUAUGGAUGCCAACCGGAAGCGCUUUCUAGAACGUGAAAUGAAUGAUGCAAUAGAACUAGCCUUAAAACUCCAGGACGAAGAUGGCUAUUUUGAAAGACUGCGUGAUUUGAGAGCUUCACACCCUCAGCAGCGUUUGGAAUCCCGUCAAGCGUCCGUUAAGGCUCCGUCACACCCUGGCAACGUCUGCUUGAACGAUUCAUCAGGACGAGACUCUUCAAGCCGCUUUUCUUUAAACCGAGGACGGCAAGAUCUGGAAAAUCGGGAGCGGGAGCUGAUGGCCGAAGUCAGGCAACUUAGGCAAAAGCUCAUGUCACAAGCUCGAGCAAAACAGGCUCCACCUGUGGAUGCUCAGUGGAGCAGCUGAAGUGACACGAUCCAACGGCACAUGGACUUUCCCACUGAGAUUCUAAUUAGGAAGCCACAGAACUGAUUUUACACCAUUUAUUUGUACAUGUAUUUUUGUAUGUAAGAAUAAAAGGUUAAAUGUU